CAGUCGUCUGUUUUCUCGCGAGAAGCCGCGAAGUUUCCGGUGUUGUGUAUGUUCCUGGAAACAUGGCGGCCAGCUUCCGCGGCCGUCCUAUCCGGAGUCUUCGGAUGCGAGGUCGGAAUGACAGCGGGGAGGAGAACGUACCGCUGGAUCUGACCAGAGAACCAUCAGAAAACUUCCGUGAAAUCCUUCAAAAUGUGGCAAGACCGCAUGGAGUCAGUAACAUGCGAAAACUGGGUCACCUGAACAAUUUCAUAAAGCUGCUAUGCAGCAUUAGCCACCGUGAGGAAAACUUUGGAUUUACACAUGAAGAAAUCAUCAUUUGUCUACGACUAGCUCUAUUGAAUGAGGCCAAGGAAGUGCGUGCUGCAGGGUUGCGGGCGCUCCGCUACCUCAUUAGAGACACCAGCGUGCUGCAGAAGGUCCUCAGAUUACAAGUGGACUAUUUAAUAGCCAGAUGCAUUGACAUCCAGCAGAGCAAUGAGGGGGAGAGGACUCAGGCUCUGAGAUUAGUGCGAAAGAUUAUCACUGUCAAUGCAAUGCUAUUUCCCACCUCUAUCGCAAACUCUCUCAUUGCUGUGGGCACUGAUGGCCUACAGGAGAGAGACCGCAUGGUCCGUGCGGCCAUUGCCAUCGUAUGUGAGCUAGCCCUGAAGAACCCAGAGGUGGUGGCCAAAAGAGGAGGCCUCAGCACCAUCCUGAAGAGUGUGAUUGACUGUCAACUGAGUCGCAUCAAUGAAGCACUGAUCACCACCGUUCUCCAUCUACUCAACCACCCGCGUACCCGUCAGUACGUGCGUAUUGACGUCGAGCUGGAGCAAAUCCUCGCCCCUUUCACAGAUUUUCACUACCGUCACAACGCAGACACGGCUGAAGGGCAACUCAAGGAAGACAGAGAGGCCCGUUUGUCGAGCAGAAUGGCCAUAGUGGCAGCCUUUCGCUCCUGGUCUGGGAUUAUCAACCUAUGCAAGGCUGGAAAUUCUGGAAUCCAGUCUUUAAUUGGCUUACUUUGCAUACCAAAUAUGGAAGUUAGGAAAGGCUUGUUGGAGGUGUUAUAUGAGAUAUUCAGGCUCCCUGUGCCCAUUGUAACCCAAGACUUCACAGAAGCUCUUCUAAGUGUUGACCCUGCCAGGUUCCAGGACACCUGGAGACUCUCUGAUGGGUUUGUUGCUGCUGAGGCCAAAGUCAUCCUACCCCAUCGGGCCCGCUCAAGGCCUGAUCUGAUGGACAACUACCUGGGAUUUGUCCUGUCUGCCUUCAUCACCAGUGGGCUGUUGGAGGGUCUUGUUGAAGUUGUGACCAGUAGCGAUGACCAGCUCGCUGUCAGAGCUACCAUCCUGUUGGGAGAACUACUGCACAUGGCAAACACCAUCCUUCCUCAUUCCCACAGUCACCACCUGCACUGCCUUCCAACCCUCAUCAACAUGGCAGCCUCCUUUGACAUCCCCCAGGAGAAACGACUUCGGGCAAGUGCAGCAGUCAACAAUCUGAAACGUUUCCAUGAGAAGAAGAAGAAAGGUUUGAAACCACACAGUCUUUACCUGGACCACAUCAUCCGCAAGUCUGUGUCUUCACCUAACCGCAGAGAGUCACACUCACGCGUCCACAGGGACAUCUAUGUCAUUAAGGACACAGAAGAAGCACUGAUGAUGAACCUGAGAGACAGUCACAUUCUCAACCACAAGCAGAACCUGGAGUGGAAUUGGUUGCUUAUUGCCACCAUCCUUAAGUGGCCAAAUGUAAACCUCAGGAACAACAAAGAUGAACAGAUGCACAAGUUUGUGCGGAGGCUGCUGUACUUUUAUAAGCCCAGUAGUAAAUUGUACGCAGGGCUGGCGCUGGAUCACGUUAAGGCCAGACAACUCACUGUGGUUGGUUGUCAGUUUGUUGAGUUCCUCAUGGACUCGGAUGAGGAUGGCCAGGGUUACCUGGAGGACCUGGUGAGGGACAUGGUGUCGUGGCUCUCCUCAUCCUCAGGACUGAAGCCCGAACGCUGUCUGCAGAGUAACGGCCUGCUCACCACACUCAGCCAACACUACUUCCUAUUCCUGGGGACACUCUCUGCACACCCACAGGGAGUCAAACUGCUGGAGAAAUGUGGUCUGUUUCAGUGCCUGCUGAAUCUGUGCUCUGUGAAGAACCAGGAUGCAGUGCUGAAACUUGCUGUAUCCACACUGGACUACAGCAGAGACGGCCUGGCCAGAGUGAUCCUCUCCAAGAUCCUCACUGCUGCUACUGAUACGUGCAGGCUGUAUGCCACCAAACACCUCCGUGUGCUGCUGCGUGCGGGCGUGGAGUUCUUCAGUAGCUGGGGCAUGGAGUUGCUGGUCACGCAGCUUCACGACCACAGCAAGGCUGUGUCCAUGGAGGCGCUGGACAUACUGGACGAGGCCUGCGAGGACAAGGCCAACCUUCAUGCGCUAAUCCAGCUGAAACCAGCUCUGUCCCACCUGGGAGACAAAGGCCUCCUGCUGCUCCUCAGGUUCCUGUCCAUUCCUAAAGGUUUCUCCUACCUCAAUGAGAGGGGUUAUGUCAGCAAACAGCUGGAUAAAUGGCAGAAGGAAUACAAUCUUAAGUAUGUGGACCUGAUAGAGGAACAGCUCAAUGAAGCACUAACAACCUACCGCAAACCUGUUGAUGGAGACAACUAUGUCAGACGCAGCAACCAAAGGUUACAAAGACCAAAUGUCUAUCUCCCUGUUCACUUGUAUGGUCAGCUGGUUCAUGAUAAGACAGGCUGUCAUCUCUUGGAGUCUCAGAGUGUGGUUCCUGACCUCAGCUACACAGUUCGCUCCCCGAUGCUGGACACCUGGGAGGGCAUUAAACAGCUGAAGGCUGCUCUCUGGGCACUGGGCAACAUUGGCUCUUCAAACUGGGGUCUGAAUCUCCUGCAGGAGGAGAAUGUCAUCCCUGACAUCCUUGCAUUGGCUCAGCACUGUGAGGUGCUGUCAGUACGAGGGACAUGUGUUUAUGUGCUGGGUGUGAUCUCCAAGACCAGGCAAGGUUGUGAGGUGCUGAAGCAGUACGGUUGGGAUGCAGUCAGACACAGUCGCAGGACGUUGUGGCCUGUCACUCCAGACGAGGUUGACACACAGCUGACCUCUGAACUUUCCUCGGUGCCGAGCACACUCAGUCUGAACUCUGAAUCCACCAGCUCGCGCCACAACAGCGAGAGCGAGUCUCAGCCAAACAUGUACAUCCUGGACGAUGACAAGUGUGAUGUUCUGGACCAGUCAGACGAGCCCUCUUUCUAUCUACACCCCAAACCAGUCAAGGACCGCAGCCCCUUCACCAUCCUGGCCUCCACACGCUUCGUUCGCAACCGCUUCCUCAACUCCUUGUCCCUUCCCAGCAAGAAGCUGCGCUCCACCAGUGACCCCAAGACCCCGUCAGGCUCUCACACCCCAACUGAACUCAAGACGGGGAGUAUUAGGCGGAACAGGACAGUAACAGAACCCUCAGUCUAUAGCCCAAACCAGGGGGACGUCUUCACCCCCAUUUAUAAUGGCAGAGGAAUGCCGAAGAGUCCAACAGUGAGCCUGGAGACGUCCUUUGUCGGGACCAGGGGGGGCUCUGAGGAGCAGCUUGUGGAUGGAAGGCUGGUUAGAGGAGGAGGCUCAGGCCUCGGAUUAAGUGGUCUAGGAGGGCAUGGGGCUGUGGAGCACCCCAGCCGAGAGAGGGAGCAGAGCAGCCGAGAGCGUCUGGCAGGAGGAGAUGUCGGCUCCUCUUCUAGUGGAGGCAACGUAGGAGGGGGUGGAGGAGGCGGCGGAGGUACUCAGUUUAAAAGCCGCAGUCAGAGCUUUAACACGGACACCACAACCAGCGGCAUCAGCUCAAUGAGCUCCAGUCCCUCCAGGGAGACCGUUGGGAACCCCGAGCAUCCCGAACCUGAACCAGACUCUUCUGACUGUGUGAGCCUCAACACAGUGGUGUCUGCCAAGACUGUCAAAACGCUCUCCUCCUUCACCCCCCAGGCUCAGACCAACCACAUGUCAACGUCUAAGUCCUCCACUGUCUCUCUGGUACCCCCUGGCUCCUCGCACACUCUCCCUCGCCGAGCUCAGUCUCUCAAGUCUCCUUCAGUAACCACCAUCAAGAGCCUGGCUGACUGCAGCUUCAUGUACACCAGCCCAAGAGACGCGCUGGGCUAUGCUACAUUGAAGAGGCUGCAGCAGCAGAGGAUACACCCGUCUUUGUCUCACAGUGAAGCGCUGGCUUCGCCUGCCAAAGACGUGCUGUUCACCGACACCAUCACUAUGAAGACUGGCAGCCUGGAUUCCAGAUUAACACCUCGCAGGUUUCUGAAAGCUCUGAGCUUUGCCUCCCUGGAUAAAGAGGAACUACUCAGUCCCAUCAACCAAAGCACCCUGCACCGCUGCUCCUCAGUGCGCUCUAUGGUCUCUAGCGCCACCUUUGGGUGCAAUGAUGACUACAUUGGCCUAGCACUGCCCAUGGACAUCAAUGACAUGUUCCACAUCAGAGACUCAGCCUACUUUCAGCAGAGGAUCAGCCCGCCGUCCGAAGAGCGAAAACGCUUUCUCUUUGGCGAUGGAGAUGGUGACCGCCCUGCUGUCCCAAUACUGAAGCAACAGUUCAGUAUCUCUGAGCUGAUUGUGUGCCGAGGUGACACCCAGAACCACACUGUGGGUUCAGAGGAGACGGGACUGCAGGAUCACACUGAAGAAAACUGCCUUUACUGUGUAGGAGCUAUUGUCCUCGGAUACCCCACACAGCCACAGAUCAACAGCACUCACCCUCGGACGGACUAUGUGGACUUCCCGUCAUGGGGGGGCCAGAGCGGCCAUCGUCUGGAGGUGAUGCCUCAGUCCAAAUUCUCUGGGGUGUCAGGCUGCAGCGACGCUGCUGUGUCACAAGGCUCUAUCUGUAGCACCCCCACACCUGGUGACAUUGUCAUCGCCGGAAAGGCAAUAUCAGAAGAUGGCCCCGCCUCUCGAGUUUUGCUGAGGAAGGAGGUGCUCCGCCUCAUCAUCAACCUCAGCUCCUCUGUAGGAACCAAAGGCCAUGAAACAGGACUACUGACGAUAAAGGAGAAGUUUCCGUAUGCGUUCGAUGACAUCUGCCUGUACUCCGAGGUUUCUCACCUCUUAGCCCACUGUAUGUUUCGCUUGACCUCAAGACGUUUCAUACAGGAACUCUUCCAGGAUGUGCAAUUCAUGCCAAUGUAUGAGGAAGCAGAGGCAAUCCUGACAAAGCUACCAAAACCUGUCGAAGAGGAUGUUGACCCUCCUACAGAAUCCUGAUCCUCCUCCCCCUUUUGUGUUCCUGCACAGUCCCGGUCCUGCCACCCUACAAACAUGGAACGAAUGCAAGACUGAGAGAAAUUAAGUUAUGGCUCUAAGGAUGGGGAAACAUUCAGCAUGUUUAUGUUGCUCAAACAGAGUACCAUAGCCAAGGAGGAGGAGGAGGUGGUCAUCAGUCACCUUUUCUUCUAGCAAAUACGAGCUGGAAACAAAGAACGUCAGUAUCUGUAAACAAAGUUUAACCCAGCACGCCUAAUGCUGUCUCAGACUUUCUUUUUUUUUUUAAACAGGAAAAAGGGGGAGCAGUUUAACCAAAUACUGUUUUCAGAUGGGUUGGCAAUCUUGAGCAACACUCAAUAAUACAUCAAUAUAAUGCUUAAGGACAAGCUGGAUCGUAAAGACAAAGACUCACGCUGUGUUUAAAAGAAAAAAAGAAAAAAUUCUAUCAACAUUUUAUCUCUUUCCAGAGGUGGUGUUUUUCUGUAAUGAAAUGAAUAAGGCAUGUUGUUGUGUCUACCCAGUGAUUCCUCGCCAGACCCUGCGUUCUUUUCUCCUAACGAAACAAAACACUACAGAGGGGUCCUGCUGUUUUUAAAAUGUAUCUGGAGCCUUCCUGGUUCAUAUCCCACCCCAACCUAUGAUCUGUUCUAGCCAGAUAUGUGCUUUUGCUUCUCUUGCCUCACCACUUCCUACAACCUGUAGCCUCUUGUCAGCACAGACAGCCAGUUACUUUUCUAUUUCUUGUAUCUCAGACAAUCAAACAUCACUAGUAUUGUAUUUUCUAAAGCACUAUAUAUGCCACCCUUACACAGUACAUGAGGAGAAUAGCAUGUAAUUUGAUGCUAGUUUAUACCAUCCUUUACUUCCUUAGGACCUUUAAUAUUUUUCUUCAGCCAUUGCAUUAAUAGUAAGCUUCUCAAUAGGCGGGUUGAUCUUUGGAAAAAUGCUCGGUUGUACAAGUUAUCUGUAGAAUGAUUCAUUACAGAUUUAGUACCAAACUCUGCUGACAGACGUUUCCAAAACCUGGAUUAAGCCCUGUAGCUACCCGACUCUAUGCCUUCUUACCUCUGUGCUUCACCUCCACUGCAUGUGCAACAAGCAUGGCAAAGUUGUAACGUCACCUUAACGCGUUUCUUGCUUGUAAAACUUUAAAAAUAGGUUGCCAUUACAUGCUGCCAUUACAUUGUAGGAAUAUAAUUACCCCUGAAUCUGUCUCCACAAUGCAAUAUCACUGUCUGUCAUUGGCUGAGAUGGGGGGGGGGGUUGCGAUGACUAAAGGAUUUGUAAAAGGUUACCAGGGAAACAGGGUCUCUGUUUCCAUUGGCUUGUUUUUGCUAUAAUGCUGCUACAAAAAUGGACUCAUAGAGAGAUGAUUCAUAGAUCAGCUGAGUGAUGUCAGAUCCGAUCUAUUUAUUAUAUGUCUGUACCAUAGAGUGAGCUCAACCAGAGAAGAAAAAAAGUUAUUUAUAUUUUUUCCUCAAGACUGUAUUAUAA